ACCAGCAGGCUGAUACCGUCUCUGGGCCAUUAUGAAGUUGUUUGCUAUCUGCGGACUAAAGCGGCCUCACUUCGAGAAUUUUGCCUGUUUUCACAUAUAAAGAACAGCAUGUGUUGAUACGAGCUUGAGCGUUAACGGAGACAUGUUACUUUCUUUGUGAGGAGAGUUUUGGACCGAAGAGGAAUUACCAGGAACUGUUCUUAGUGUUGUGGACUUACUAGCCCGGUAGCUAGCUGCGUUAGCUUGAGAGCUAGUUCACUUUGACUGGCUCAGCAGCCGGUUGAUAUCCAGAAGGCUCCGUUUUCUGGUUCUUUUCUGUGUUUUCAACUAGUUCUCUUAAGUAGUGUCCACUAAAACAAGCGUUUGGACAGUUUGGUGCCUCCUUAGGUUCCUGCCAUGGCUGACAGCAGCAUAGUGACUUUAGGGACAGCUCGGAGCCUGUUGGUGGAUUCUUCGGUCUAUGAUUCGAGGAUCGGCGAAACCACCAAGGACCAUGUAUUUCUUGGCAUGGCAUCUGAAGAUGGGGAAGAUAUGCUGCCAAAAGUGGAGACAAGGGUUGUUCUGGUGGGAGAAGCAGGCAGAAAUGGAGCACUGGUCAAAGCACUGCAGGCCGUCAGAGUAAUGGAGGUACCAGUGGUAAAGAUAAGAGAAGGCGAGGCGGGCGCCGAGGAGAAAGUGAUGAUAAAAUCUAUAGUCAAUAUGGACAUCAACAUCCCAUGCAUAAUUUCGGAGAAUGUCCAGGAGUUUGGAGAUGAAGAGGGCACAGAUUUUGAGACAGUGUUUGUCCUCACAGAGUUUGAUUCCCCGGACUACAGCUACCUCUAUAAACGUGACAACCGCAUUAUUGGGCCUCCUGUUGUACUGCACUGUGCUGCGAAGGAAGAACCUCUACAGUUCUCAUGUCGUCCUCUCUACUCCACCACCAUGCUUAACCUGUCACUGUGUUUCACCGGCUUCAGGAACAAAGAGGAAAUGAAGAACUUGGUGAAUCUGGUUCAUCACAUGGGAGGAACCAUCCGCAAAGACUUCAGCACCAAGGUCACUCAUCUCAUCGCCUACUCCACUCAUGGGGAGAAAUACAGGCUGGCGGUGUGUUUGGGGACCCCCAUCCUCACUCCAUCGUGGAUUCAUAAGGCCUGGGAGAGAAGAGAUGACGUGCACUUCCAUGCUGGAGAAGAGGAGUUUCGAACAGAGUUCAAAGUUCCUCCCUUCCAGGACUGCACCCUGAGUUUUUUGGGUUUCUCAGAAGAGGAGAAGGCCAACAUGGAGGAGCGCACUCUUAAACAUGGUGGUAAAUAUCUUGAGGUUGGAGAUGACAGCUGUACACACAUGGUGGUGGAGGAGAAUUCAGUAAAGGAUCUGCCAUUCUGUCCCUCCAAGAAACUCUAUGUGGUCAAACAAGAGUGGUUCUGGGGAAGCAUUCAGAUGGAUGCUCGGGCUGGAGAGUCCAUGUACCUCUACGAGAAGAACGACAGUCCAGCCAUGAAGAAGGCAGUGUCUCUACUGUCCCUCACAACACCCAGCAGUAACCGGAAGCGUCGGCGCAUCAAGGACACGCUGGCGCAGUUCGCUAAGGAGACGGAGAUCUCCCCCUUCCCUCCACCGCGCAAGAGGCCAUCAGCAGAGCACACCCUGUCCAUGGGUUCUCUGCUGGACAUCUCUUACACCCCUGAGACAUGCAAGGCCUUGGCAGAGGGUACGAAGCCAUCCAGGAGUUCAACUCCGCUUGUGUCCAAGCAGUCAGCCAGGUGGCAGGUCUCCAAGGAGUUCUACCAGACUGAGAGCAACUAUGUAGACAUUUUAAGCACCAUCCUCCAGCUUUUCUAUUAUCCAAUGGAAAAAGAGAGUCAGGUUGGUGGACCCAUCCUGGCCCAAGAAGAAAUAAAGACGAUAUUCGGCAGCAUCCCAGACAUCUUUGACGUUCACACCAGAAUAAAGCAUGACCUGGAAGAACUUCUGACAGACUGGCGAGAGGAAAGGAGUGUAGGAGACAUCAUUCUCAAAUAUUCUAAGGAGCUGGUGAAGGCCUACCCACCGUUUGUCAACUUUUUUGAAAUGAGCAAGGAGACUGUUGUUUUGUGUGAGAAACAAAAGCCACGCUUUCAUGCUUUUCUGAAGAUCAACCAAUCCAAGCCAGAGUGUGGCAGGCAGACGCUGGUGGAGUUGCUCAUCAGACCUGUACAGAGACUGCCUAGUGUGGCCCUUCUUCUUAACGACAUAAAGAAACAUACGUCAGAUGACAACCCUGACAAGAUAACGCUGGAGAAAGCAAUUGAUUCCCUGAAAGAAGUCAUGACUCACAUCAACGAGGACAAGAGAAAGACUGAGGGCCAGAAGCAGAUCUUCGAUGUUGUUUAUGAAGUUGAUGGCUGUCCUGCCAACUUGCUGUCAUCCCACCGCAGUCUGGUUUGCCGAGUGGAAACCAUCGCCCUGGGAGACCAGCCAUGUGACCGUGGAGAAAAUGUCACCCUCUUCCUCUUCAAUGACUGCCUUGAGAUUGCGAGGAAGCGACACAAAGUGAUCAAUACAUUUAAGAGUCCACUGGGACAGACAAGACCCCCUCCUCCACUCAAACACAUUGCACUGAUGCCACUGUCCCAGAUCCGCAGAGUGCUGGACCUGCAGGACACAGAAGAGUGUGUGAAUGCAUUCGCCUUGGUGGUUCGCCCUCCGACUGAACAGGAGAACUUGUUGUUCAGCUUCCAACUGGUCGGAGAGGACACGGUUAAAAGCGCCUGGCUGCGAACACUUUGCCGCCAUGUUGCCAACACCAUCUGCAGGGCUGAUGCGGAGGACAUGAUUCAGUGCACAGACCCAGACUCACUGCAGGUCAGCACUAAGGAUAUGGACAGCACCCUGAGUAAAGCCUCCAGGGCCAUUAAGAAGACUUCUAAAAAGGUGACAAGGGCGUUUUCAUUCACCAAGACCCCGAAGCGUGUGAUCCAGAGGGCAUUCAUGGCCAACAGUACUCCAGAUGAGAAAACCCAGAGGCUGAGUUAUGAGACCCGCAUCGGCAGCAGCUCCACACUGGCUAUGUCUCGCUCUGCCUCUACAUUCAGUUUGAAUGAUUCUGCCAAGAGCACUGCUGUGGUGCAGCGCUCAAACUCUCUAGACCACCCUCAGGUCAGAGCCAGGGUCCCUGUCUGUAUCCGUACCCCCUGUAGCCCAACCCAAAUCCCUGCCCAUGGCCCUGGUCCCAGCACCGCCCCCGAGUUAUGCCAAAGUCCCAAUGCCAAAUAUUGUCCUAGUGCCCAAGAACCCAAGUCCAUCCUUCAUGCUCCAUUAUUGACCCAACCAGCACAAGUUUUUUCGAGCCUUCCCACUUCACACCAGUCCACAACUUCAACCACUUCCAUUCCAGCCACCCGAAACUCCACUCAGCUCAUCUCCCAAAUUACCCUGCCAAAAUCGAGCCAGCAUGUAUCCAAGCACCAUCUAGGCUUCCAGCUUAGGUCCCUGGCUCCUCAGUCUGUUAAUGUCAGAGGGGGGACCUUGUCUGAGUCACGCAGAGAUCCCCAAGUCCCCUUGGACCCACGCAAGGCUGUCCUGACCAGUCAUCGCAGGGAGACUCUGCUCUAAACCAUUGCUAAAAUCAAUCCUGGAGCCUGAUGCACGCCAUUCACCCUCCAUGGUCCAUCUGCCUUCCAUGUUUGAGAAGAAGUACCACACAUUCAGUCGUUCAACCACCCACCUCUUCUGAGACGCAGCCACAUGGGAGCACCUGUAAAGGUCCACCCAUCUUUUCACCUCAUGUCUUGACUGACAUCAUGCGCAGGAGGUGAGCAGACAGGCCUGUGUACAAAGUUAACGCUACAUGUAGUGUGGCAGAGCAGUAUUUGUCCAUACUGGAGCUCUUGACAGACUUUCAAAUCCACAAGAAUUUGGAAAAUAGAACUGCACUGAAGCUGUGGACGUCAGUCUGAUACGUGGUAGUAUCAGAGUCCUCCAGCUACUGCUCAAAGAACCUCCUGGUUGGAGCUUUGGCCAAGUAUGGUUGAAACAAUAAACGAGUUGUUCAUCAGCUUGACACCUAUCAUAUGAUGUAUUCACUUGAACCUGGUCUGAUAUUGAAUGAAGACGUUAUCACGAAGAGCGAACUGGAACGGUACUACACCAUGCUCUGGGUUACAGGUGUGUGCCUCACACUUACAAAUGAAGGAUAUUCUACUUUUUGUCUGCAUUUCUUAAUCAUCUUGAUAUAAUUCAUUUUAAUGUAAUUUAGCAAACACUUGCCACAUUCUUUACAUAUGUUGCCAUUUUCCAGUGAAGAACACUAACUAUCGACAACUAUGUGGUUGAAAUGGACGCCUCAUGCUGUCGUCUGGAUUCUUGUUAUAUUCCACUGAGCUUUGCUGAACUAAAUCAACAUUUAGUUUAAUAUGCUGAGGUUUUUCUAUGCAGGUUACAACAAUACACACAGGUGACAGGUAACACAUGCAGGCUAUAAAAAAAACAAAAAAAACACACCAUAAAACUUUUCUUUUAAGUGAUGUUAAAUUACAAAAACAAAAGUCAGUCCUACACUGAAAUAAUAAGGGGGUAGAAUGAGAUGCAGAACUUACUCUGUGUGUGCUUCAUGGACUCGUUACAGCUGACCCUCUUACCUUAACUGGGCCACCGCUCUUUUAAUUAACUGACUUAGUGAGACACCUUUAUAUUCGCUUACAUUUAGGGUUUUGUUGUUAAGGGGGUUGACUUAAUUUCACCUGAUAUAUUAUUGUAAUUAACACAAUUCUAAUGAAAAGCUAUGAUGCCUUCCAGCAGUUUUAAAGUUUCUAUUUUAACAUUUACGAGAUUUGGUCAAGAAGAAUAAAAGUUCUAAAGUUCUUACUUCGUGUUCAGCCGUCUGUGUUUUAAAAUAUGUUUUUACUGUGUGUCUAUGUUCCAAGAAGGGAUUCUGCGUCAGUGUACAUAUUUAUUCUGGAUGAAUACAUUUUAUACCAGUUUUCUCUCUCUUUUAAUUUAUGUUUUUCCCACUUUUAUGUUGUUUGGCUGCUAGUCACUGAGCUUAAAUCGUCUCCUGUUUGAUCUCUGUAUUAAAUGCACUUAUAUACGUAC